UCCCAGAUCAGGGGGGAGGAGCCUCGGUGGAGGAAGUAGCUCGCGCAGCUCGGACGUGUGUGUGUGUGUGUGUGUAUCUGUGUGUGUGGAGCAGUUACCUCCAUAGUGAGAGUGUCGCUAACCACUGGAGUGUUUAAACAACAACCUCGGGAAGAAAAAAAAACCCACGCGCGGAGAUUGCAUUACUUUUUUUCUGGCGUGUGUGUGCGCGUGUGUGUGUGUGUGUGUGUGGUACAGGUUGAAGCGGUGCAAGCUGGUCCAGAAGCGAGCACUACCAUGCAUUCAGACUGCAGGCUGCUAUGGGCAGAGCGGUAAUGGUGGGCAGGGAGCCGACAGGGGCCGGGGGUCUGGUCCUGUCGAUCCUCAUCAUCCUCACCGCGGAGGGCUGUCGAGCGCAGAAAGGCGAUGGCUGUGGCCCGAGUGUCCUCGGCCCCAGCAGCGGGACCCUGUCCUCUCUGGGUUACCCGGGGACGUAUCCCAACGACACGGUGUGCGAGUGGGAGAUCAGUGUUCCCCGCGGCAACAGGGUCCACUUUCGCUUCGCCGAGCUGGACUUCGAAAACAGCAACUGCCAGGUCAACUACCUCCGCCUGUACAACGGCAUCGGACCCGAGAGGAGUGAGAUCGUGAAGUACUGCGGGUUGAGUGUGAAGGUCAAAGAGCUGAUUGAGUCCACUGGAAACCAGGUUACUGUCCAGUUCAUGAGUGGGACCCAUCGCACCGGACGUGGGUUCUACCUGUCCUACUCUACCACCGAACACACAGAUCUAAUCACCUGCCUGGACAAAGGGACUCAUUUCCCAGAGGCAGAGUUCAGUAAAUACUGUCCGGCCGGCUGCUUGACAUCCACCGAGGAGAUCUCUGGAACAAUCCCUAAUGGAUACAGAGAGUCCUCUCCCGUGUGUGUGGCGGCUGUCCACGCAGGUGUGGUGUCCAACGGCGUGGGCGGGAGGAUCAGCGCGGUCAACAGCAAAGGCAUCCCUCACUACGAGGCUACACUGGCCAACAAUGUCACUUCUACUGGAGGAACUUUGUCCGACAGCCUCUUCACCUUCAGGACCAACGGCUGCUCCGGAAGGCUCGGUUUGGAAUCCAACGCCGUGGCGGACACUCAGCUGUCGGCUUCGUCGGUGUUCGAGUGUAAAACCGGCUUCGGCGAGGACAGCGUGUGGGCGCCGUCGGGGGCGCGGCUUAAUAAGGCGGGGCUGCCCUGGGCUUCUUAUCAGCUCGACCAGCGGCAGUGGCUGCAGGUGGAUCUCAAGAGGGAGAAGAGGAUCACAGGCAUCACCACCACCGGCUCCACCCAAAGAGAAUACCAGUACUACGUUUCGGCUUACCGGGUCCUGUACAGUAACAACGGCCAGCAGUGGUCCAUCUACAGGGAAGCAAAUUCUUCACAAGACAAGGUGUUCCAGGGCAACAUCAACUACCUGCACGAGGUGAGGAACAACUUCAUUCCCCCGAUCGAGGGCCGGUUCGUGAGGAUCAACCCGACGCUGUGGCACCAAAGAAUCGCGUUAAAGUUGGAGCUGGUCGGCUGCCAGAUUACAAAUACAGUGAGGCGGAAGACCGAGCAGAGGCCGAGGAUGUCGCCGCCCUCUCGUCACACCCCACCCGCCGGUACUAAACGGACCCCUCACCUCGGCGGAACCACACACACCCCCGACAUUAGGAACACCACGAUGCCUCCUCACACUGGCAAAGAUGUGGCACUGGCAGCGGUUCUGGUGCCCGUGUUGGUCAUGGUUCUGACUGCCCUCAUCUUGAUAGUGGUGUGUGCUUGGCACUGGAGGAACAGGAAAAAGAGUUCUGAAGGGACGUACGAUCUCCCUCACUGGGACCGCACAGACUGGUGGAAAAGCAUGAAGCAGCUGUUGCCCUCCAAGAUGGUGGAGACGGAGGAUUCCGUUCGGUACAGCAGCAGUGAGGUGGGCCGGCUCACGGGGAGAGGCGCCGUACCCCGACUCCACGCUGAGCCUGCAGAAUACGCUCAGCCGCUGGUGAGCGGCGUCACGACGCUGGGCGCCCGGUCGACCUUCAAACCGGACGAGGGGCCCGACCCGGGAUACUCCGAUCCCGACCUGUACGACGCUCCCAUCUCGCCGGACGUGUACCACGCCUACGCGGAGCCCCUGCCGGCGUCUGGGUCGGAAUACGCCACGCCCAUCGUGGUCGACAUGGGCUGCCACCCGUCGGGGGGCUCCUCUCUGAGCCAGCCCGCCGCGGCGUGUAGUUUCAUGGGUGCCGGGCCAGCCUCCCUGCUCCCGCGGACAGACGGCAGCCAAUCGGAGCGGUUGGCUUAUGACACGCCCAAAAAUGCCACUGGACAGGUCACGCCCACUGAGGAUCUGACCUAUCAGGUACCUCAGAGUAGCACUCAGAAGCCAACGGGAAAGAGCUGAGGAGUCUGGGAUGCACAUGGCCUUAAUCUGCCCCCCCUCCCCCUGAUGGAGGGUUGUUAGUGGAGGAGGAGGUGGUGUGAACCCGGAGCCCGGGCUUGAGUCUUGAAUGAACACUACCUUUUUAGCUUUAGAUUCAUCCGGAGAUGUCUGUAUUGACUCAAAUAUUUCUGCAUGGCCACAACCUGCUUGUGUAGUGCCAUUAAAGUCCUAUCACUGAAACCACAAAGAUGAAUGUGUUUGUGCCUGGUGUGAGGCGUAGAUGAGGUGUGGGGGGGGGGGGAUAAAAAAAGGAGAAAGCCGACUACUGUUUGAUAAAGACUUUGUCCCUGUUCUGUGAUCCUUUAGUCGUUCUGUGAAACUGUGAUUUCCAUUAAUCUUUGUGUUCCAUGUUGAACUUUGUACCUUUUUUUUUUUUUUUUUUUGAUGAGAAGCAUUCAUCAGAUCUAAAAAGGGGGUUCUCCUCCUCGUGAAUGAACUGCAUGUUAAGUGGCCCACGUCCUCUCUAGAGAGCUCUACUGGUUCAUGGUACGUCUCCGUCUUACUUUGUUUAAAAAGCAUGACUUGGAAAAAAAAAAGUGUGUGUGUACAGUUCUAGUGAUUACCCCCCAUUACUGCACACCUGUUCAAACUCCAGAUGAUUUUUACUGAUAUUUAUUUUUUAUUUCACAUCCUGCUGAUGAGGAAAAACUUUUUUUUAUUUUUUAUAAAUAGCCCCACAAGUCACCGAUUACACGUCCGCUGUAGGUUUUUUGUUUUGUUUUAUUAACCUCGUCAGAGAUGUAUGUGAACUUGAAAAAGGCUCAAAUGGGGUGAGAUUCAUAGUGAAGAUUCUGUCAUAAAAAGACCAAAUGUUGCCUUUUUUGUUGUGUAUAUGCAAUGUUGAUCCUCAACAGAACCACACGUGUGCCAACAGCGCAGGUGAAGCAGUCUUAAUGUGUGAACAAAGUUUGUUUUUAAAACCUAGUUAGUUAAAGAAAAGGUACAAGUGAGAUGGGUUAAUCUGUUACAGCUGAUAGUUUCUUAGCGAUUUCCUGUUCGUCCUGAUUUUUUUUUUUUUAAAGAUUGUAUUCGUGCAUCAUGGUGAUUGUCUCGUGUUUGGAAAAAAAAAAAAAAAAAUGGGUGUUUUGAUUGUCUUUUUGAUGUGAAUGUUCAGUCUUUGGAGCACCGGUUGGACCGCGGUACCAAUCUGACCCAGAACACUGAGGCAGAUGGAACGAGCUGCUUUAGAACUUUUACAGAAUAGCCACCUGAGGAGAGGAGGGGAGGGGUGGGGGUGUUCUUCACAGCUGUGACACCACUCCGGCUCCAUAACCGAGGCAAUCUAUCUACAGGUUUUGGUGCUCCCUGGUCAGAGGGAUUUGUGUUUAUGUGGCUCUCACUGAUUGUACAUAGAGAAAUAAAAGAGUUUUAAAAGAAAAUGUUUUAU